AUGUUGGAAGAUAUUCCGAGAUAUUCAUUAAGGAAUAUGCACUACCGAAUAAUCUCGUGUAUCCGACAUUUGGAAAAUAUGGAAUGUCAAGCUCUGGGCAACCCUGAAGAGCAGCUCCAAAAGACGUCAACGAGCAUUCAACAGCAUCUGCGGGGAAUGGCUCGAACUACUGCUAUCUUGGUGUCAAAGUAUGGUAUGAUCGAUUUAUAA